AUGAAUAUCAUGGUCCAAGUCCACCUUAUAGAAUCUCAAAUGCUGACAAUUUCUGUGCCACUUUGAAAUUUCGUCAGGAUUAUUGAUUCAUUCGUCUUUUAUUGUUCAAUCUCACUCUCUUUUUACUGAGCAACAUAGUGUAUUGAGGAGAAAAAGAGAGAGAGAUGGAGAGCAUAACAACAGGGUGGCAAGUGAUUUCAUUAUGUGGAAUAGCACUUUGGAUUAUGAUUUCUUCAAAAUUGAAGGUGACUCAAAAGCUCAGAUCUUGCACACAGCCAUGGGUCUGUCAACGUGUGAUCUCUGGAACUCCCAUUAUUCUAAAGAUUCAGAAAUACCAGCACAGAUGUUUGGAUGCAUUUUUUUCUGGGUUAUCUUGUGUUGUUUCUGUGCCUUUUUAUACCGCCUUUCUUCCCCUCCUUUUCUGGACUGGGCAUUGCAAAUUGGCUAGGCAAAUGACACUCUUGAUAGCUUUCUGUGACUAUACAGGAAACUGCAUAAAGGAUGUGGUUUCAGCCCCUAGACCCCGAUCUCCGCCUGUCAGAAGAGUAACAGCCACCAAAGACGAGGAAGAUAAUGCAAUGGAAUACGGAUUACCUUCGUCUCACAGUCUUAAUACUGUCUGUCUAUCAGGGUACCUUUUACACUACAUUCUUGACUAUACUGAAAGUAACGAUCUCUCUAUUAGAGUGGCGGGAAUCAUCAUGGCUUGUCUUGUUGUUGUUCUCAUCGGUUUUGGAAGGAUAUACCUUGGUAUGCACAGCUUGAUCGACAUCAUUGGUGGUCUGGCUUUGGGACUAGGAAUCCUGGCAGUUUGGCUCUCUGUGUCAGAAUACAUAGAUAAUUUCGUAAUUUAUGGUCAAAAUGUUGUAUCUUUCUGGGCUGCUCUAUGCUUCUUGUUACUCUUUGCAUACCCGACUCCCGAAGUUCCAACACCAAGUUUUGAGUAUCACACUGCCUUCAAUGGAGUUUCCCUUGGUAUUGUGAUUGGAAUCCACCAGACGUUCCAUCAGUUUCACCAUGAGGAUGUUGCUCGUGUUUUCUCUCCUCAGCUUAUGCUUCCUGCCUUUGUGGGUAGACUACUACUAGGAAUCCCGACCAUCCUUCUCGUGAAGUUCUGUAGCAAGGCUCUUGCCAAAUGGAUUCUUCCAAUUAUUUCAAAUGCUUUGGGAAUCCCAGUUAGAUCGACAAGCUAUAUACCUACCUUAAAUGGAACCGAUAAGAAAUCUGAUGUAUUGAAGCAGUCAGGUUAUCUCCAGAAAAUGUUCUCAAAGCAGACGUCGUUCGAUGUUGAUACUGGCAUCAGGCUCCUUCAGUAUGCUGGUCUUGCCUGGUCUGUUGUUGACCUUGUUCCUUCAAUGUUCCUUCACAUUGGAUUGUGACACCAUAAUACCAAUGUAUAUUAGUUUAUCAUCGUUCUACUUUAUUUGUUCUUUGGGUUCCCCUGGUAGGGGUGGUGGUGGAUGGUUAACUAGGCUGUAUGGGUAUAUCAAAAAUAUUGGCACUGCUAUAUUCUUAUUGUAUAGAAACAUCUCCAAAUUUUGUUGUCAUUUAUGAUCCAUUACUGUGGAAGUUGAUAUUAUGUUUA